AUGCAUGGAACCCGUCUCGUCUUCAGCAUAGCAGCAUUGCCGUUGGCCAUCCUGGUAUAUGCUACGGCCUCAACUCCAGCACCUGUGGAUUUGAACUCCCUUCGUUUGACCUCUAACACAGAUUAUGUCAACUCAAUCGAUGUGAACGCAAACCAAUCAGUAAUAGUGUCCGCCGAUGAACACUAUACCAAUACAGCAGCACAACUCGUUCAGAACAUUGUUCCUGGAGCAAGCUUCCGUCUCGUCGAUGACCACUAUGUUGGCGACAAUGGAGUUGCGCAUGUAUACUUUCGCCAAACGGCUCAUGAUAUUGACAUUGACAAUGCGGACUUUAAUGUUAAUGUAUGCUCCCCGCUCACUCUGGUAGAGAAAAGCUCACCGUUACAGAUUGGAAGGGACGGACAGCUUCUAUCUUUCGGACAUUCAUUCUUCACAGGAGCGUCGCCGAGCAGCUACCUGGACAAACCCAACCUGUCAAGUCCCGUAGUUGCUCUUAGAGGAGCAAGAGAUGCUUUACAGCUUCCACUCAUUAUUGACAACGUUUCUACAGAAGCUGCUGAUGGGCGAAACGAGUACAUCUUCAGAAAGGCAGCGGGAGCAGUAUCUGACCCUACAGCCAAACUAGUCUACAUCGUCAAGCCAGAUGGGACUCUGGCACUCACAUGGCGGGUGGAAAUAGACAUGUACGAGCACUGGCUACUGACCUACAUUGAUGCAGAAACCACCACUGUCCAUGGCGUAGUGGACUACGUAGCAGACGCGACAUAUCAAGUCUAG